AUGUUUUCGGCAAGAUCACUUUUCUGUGCGGCGCUCAGCGCAACCAUCUCCCUUAACGGCGUCCAAGCACAAGUGGCAGACUACCCUUUCGACAUCAACGGUGCUUUCGAGGGCGCUGCUGCCUUGACGACAGAAUUCAACUCGGGCGGCACGAUCAAGUGCAACGGACAAACCAUCACCGUCCCCAAAAACCUCCAGGUCACGUACCCAGCCGCUUUUAUUGGCUUCAAGGACUUCGUCGCCAGCAGCGGCGGCUACACUGGGUACAACUGCGAAGUCACAGGCAACGUUGUCAAUGGUGUCGCCAUUGCUGCCCAGGUCUCCAUCGCCCAGGCACUGCUGAACGGUGCCUCGGGCUACGUCGAGAGCGUCAACUUUGAUGGCCGCAUCAAGCUGAGGAAUGGUCCUACGAUCCGCAUCAACGACCCCCGUGCCAUCUACUCCGUCGGUUACAAAUCGCAGCCGUACUUCACUGCCGACGAUGCCAACCCUAGUAUUACCUCCUUCUCCGGCUUUCCCAUGUGUGUCCCGCGCAAAGCUGCGGACGAGCUGUGUCCCAUGUCUAACCGACCCGACGUUACUCCUGGCGUAAAGCAGGGAACCUUCAAAGCACCCGACCCUCUCGUCAUGGCGCCCAUUGUUGUUGGCGAUUUUGUCGAGUACUCGGGCAUCCAGGGCGACGGCGAGAUCAUCGUAUACAACCUUGUCGUGAGCAAUGCCCAGAUCACCACCACCGGGGCGCCGACCUACAUCCGCAUGGAAGACGCCAACAUCGGCGUCUGGACCGCCGACACCGUCAACCAAGAAGUUGCGCAGACUCGAUUCGUUGGAUACACGUCCGACUCUUCCGCCAACGUCAACCCCAUCAAGAUCUUCGCCAUCGAGUACGACCCCUGCACUGGUGAAGGUGUCGACCGGGAAAUCGCUGGCGUCGCUGUCCCCAACACCGAGGCCCGCAACAAGUUCGAGUACCGCAUCAAGGCGACCCAGAAAGACCAGUACGCCCGCGAGUACCGCGUCGUCGCCGGCACCGGCACGGUGACGACCAAGAACGGUGUCGUCGCCGGUCAGUAUGUCAUGCCCGUCUCCGAGUGGAUUCAACCCGAGGACACCAACCCCGGCCGCGCUCCCACCCCCCACGACUUCGGCAGCUACUCGUUCCUCACCAAGGGCCUGGGCCGCGAUGCCGAAAACAAUCUCUGGGGCCCGCUCAACCCUUUCCCUCAGACCGGCAUCACGCUCUAUGACAACUCCAAGUGUGCACCCGCCACUGGUACUGGCACGGGUACGGGUACGGGUACGGGUACUGGUACUGGUACUGGUACUGGUACUGGUACUGGUACUGGUACUGGCACUGGCACCGGCACCGGAAGCACACCCGCUGCAAUCAAGUACAGGGACGUCGUGACCAUGCCGACCUUCAACUGGAUCUCGUCCCAAAGCGGCACCCUCACUGUCGGGUGCCUGUCCAACAGCACCGACGACGCCGGCGUCGCGAUGAAGAUCAGCUACGCUAAUAAGGACGGCAUCACCACCAAUCUGACCAUGACGUCUGCUGGCAAGGGCCUCUGGAACUUCCAGAGCAACAAGAUCAAACAACCGACGGCCGGUUCGGUGAUUUGCAAGAGCGGCCUUGGAGGCUCUGUCGCCCGGUGA